CUCUCUGACCGCUCUCUCAUAAUCUUUGACCUCGACAAUCUAAUUCCAAUUCCAACUGCUUUUGUCAAUUUCUGUGGAAAUUUUUAUUCAAUUUUAUUCCACCAUUCUUUCUAUUUAUUAAUUGAUUUUUUCCAGAUUCAAUUUCUGUCAAAUUUUAUUGUCCGACAUUGAUGAUUAAACUGGGUUGAUUGUUGAUUGUAUAUAUUAUUGGUUGAAGCUGUGGUUCCUCAAAUGCUCGGGUUAACCAGAGCGCGAAAUCAGUCGAGAAACGGUAGAUCUUUGCCUGUUGCAGGCAUGGAUUUCGCUGAUCCAAAGCGGAAAGGUAAUGUCGUAGGUAAAAUAGUCGUAGCUGCUGGGUUAAUUGCAUUUUGCCUUAUUAUGAUCAAGCAGUCUCCAACUUUCAACAGCCCCAGCCAAUUUUCCCGCCGUGAAAUGGGUGUCACUCAUGUCCUGGUAACUGGGGGUGCUGGCUUUAUUGGAUCCCAUGCAGCACUAAGACUUCUAAAAGACUCCUAUCGUGUGACAAUUGUGGACAAUCUUUCUCGUGGGAACCUGGCUGCUGUUAAGAUUUUGCAACAAAUGUUUCCAGAACCAGGAAGACUUCAGUUUGUAUAUGCUGAUCUGGGAGAUGCUAAUGCUGUAAACAAACUUUUCUCAGAAAAUGCUUUUGAUGCUGUGAUGCAUUUCGCUGCUGUUGCUUAUGUUGGAGAGAGCACUCUUGACCCUCUUAGAUAUUAUCACAAUAUUACGUCAAACACCUUGGUGGUAUUGAAGGCAAUGGUAAAACAUGAAGUACAGACACUAAUAUAUUCAAGUACAUGUGCAACAUAUGGUGAGCCUGAGAAGAUGCCCAUAACAGAGGAAACUCCCCAGGUUCCUAUUAACCCAUAUGGUAAGGCUAAGAAGAUGUCAGAAGACAUUAUUUUGGAUCUCACUAAGCCAAAUACCGACAUGGCAGUUAUGAUUCUAAGAUAUUUUAAUGUUAUUGGCUCCGAUCCCGAUGGAAGAUUGGGGGAGGCUCCUAGACCUGAGCUGCGCGAGCAUGGACGGAUUUCAGGUGCCUGUUUUGAUGCAGCUCGUGGAAUUACUAAUGGACUGAAGGUAAGAGGAACAGAUUAUAAGACAACAGAUGGAACUUGUAUACGAGAUUACAUUGAUGUUACGGAUCUGGUUGAUGCUCAUGUUAAAGCUCUUGAAAAGGCAAGGCCUGGCAAGGUUGGAAUCUACAAUGUCGGCACAGGAAAAGGUAGUUCUGUCAAAGAAUUUGUGGAGGCGUGUAAGAAGGCGACUGGUGUGGAUAUCAAGGUUGAAUACCUACCUCGUCGCCCAGGGGAUUACGCCGAAGUUUUCAGCGACCCUACAAAGAUUAGGGAGGAGCUGAACUGGACAGCGAGACAUGUGGAUCUCGAACAGAGUUUGCAAACAGCAUGGAGAUGGCAAAAGGCUCAUCGGAAUGGCUAUGGACCGUCUGUACUAGCAACAGCUAUCUAGGUUUCCGUAAAGGCUAAUGUAGACCCUAUUUGUAAGAUUCAUAGCCCCUGAUUAGAGAUCACAUAGGAGAAGAGAAGAGGGUGGUUAAAUUUGAGGGUUAUAGGGUAUUUAUUCAUUAUUAUUAUUGUUAUAAGUUAUACUUGUUGGGUAGGAUAGUUACCUUAGGAACCAAUAAUUCAUUUUUUUUUUACAUUGUGUCAUUGCCCAAUUAGAUGUAUAAUUAAACAAUAAUCAUCCCAGUGGGAGGCUUCUCUUGAUUAUGAAUGAUUUUGGGCACAGGCAAUUAGAUUUUA